UGUAGUUCUGGGUGAGGCCGGCGGAGCAGUUGGGGGGAUCGGACCCUGGGUGUCUGUGAGUGCUGAGGGGAGGGGAGCGGAUGAGUUUGGCGCAAAGCCUGCCGGGGCAUGGAGUCCCGGUGAGCUCUGUGCGCAUGUGCGAGGCGGCGAGGGGGCUUGGGGGGCCUCGCCCGCGAGAGUGAGCCGUGUCGCCAGCACCUCGCCAGGCAACAGUCGUGGUAAAGGUUAACCCUGGCCGAAGGCUUGCUUAGCGCAGCCCGGUACUGUUCUCAACAUCUUUGUUUUCCUUACAUCUUGGAUUGUCACCGCCACUCUUGGGCGCCGCCGUCCCCAUGGAGGCCCCGGGCGCCCAGCCCGUGAAGCAGGAGUGCCGGGCCGCCGAGGGCCUGAGCCUGGACUCGCCGUGGCACCGCUUCCGCCACUUCCACUUGGGCGACGCCCCGGGCCCCCGCGAGGCGCUGGGCCUGCUGCGCGCCCUGUGCCGCGACUGGCUGCGGCCCGAGGUGCACACCAAGGAGCAGAUGCUGGAGCUGCUGGUGCUGGAGCAGUUCCUGAGCGCGCUGCCCGCCGACCUGCAGGCCUGGGUGUGCAGCCGGCGGCCCCAGAGCGGGGAGGAGGCCGUGGCGCUGCUGGAGGAGCUCUGGGGACCAGCUGUGAGGGCGCCUCGGGAUGCGGCAGAAGGCUCAAAGGUCAGCGUGGGAAAGGAAGACGGUGGGGUGACGCCCUCAGGAGACGCGGCCCCCGGGUCUGAGGAACCGGCGACUGGGGACGCCCAGGCCGCGCGCCCCUACAAGCAGGAGCCCGGCAGCCCCCCGCCGGCCCCUCCGGCCCCGCCGGCGCCCGGUCUGCCCGCCUUCCUGGCGGCCCCGGGCUCCGCGUCCUGCCCCGAGUGCGGCAAGGCCUCGCUGAAGCCGGCGCACCUGCUGCGCCACCGGCAGAGCCACUCGGGCGAGAAGCCGCACGCCUGCCCCGAGUGCGGCAAGGCCUUCCGGCGCAAGGAGCACCUGCGGCGCCACCGCGGCACGCACCCCGGCGGCCCGGGCCCGGCGCUGCGCCCGCUGCCCGCCCGCGAGAAGCCGCACGCCUGCUGCGAGUGCGGCAAGACCUUCUACUGGCGCGAGCACCUGGUGCGCCACCGCAAGACGCACUCGGGCGCGCGGCCCUUCGCCUGCUGGGAGUGCGGCAAGGGCUUCGGGCGCCGUGAGCACGUGCUGCGCCACCAGCGCAUCCACGGGCGCGCGGCGGGCGCGGGCGGGGCGGCGGCGCCGGGCCCCGAGGGCGGGGGCCCCUUCCCGCCCUGGCCGCUGGGGUAGCCGCGCACCGGCCCCUCUGCCCCGUCUGUCUCCGCUGUCGGCUUCUCCUCCGUCCGGACUUCCCGGUCCCGCAGCGCUCUCUGUUCCUUCCCAGUUCUCACUGUGUGUCCCAAACCUCGCUUUCUGGUUCAGAUCUCACCCCGUCCUCGUUCUCUCAGCCUCUCCCGCCUGUAGAAGGAGCCCCCAAAUCCUCCCCUUCCUCCUUCCGCUCUGGGGUGGGGAGCAGGGCGGGCCGGGAGCCCGGAAGAGGAGCAGCAGGUGGGGCCCCUGGUCGAGAGAGGGCUGGAGGAAGGGGACUGGGUCUUGUCCCCAGGAGACCCCCAAGACGGAUUUGGGGACGGUUCCAACAGGACGGACCUGGGUUCUGGCAGUGGGCUCCCUGGUCUGGCUCGUCUCUCUGCGACCCAGGAAGGCAUGGGAUGGACAGAGAUGCCUGCCCGCGGGACGCACGUGGGAGACGACAGUUCACCAGCAUCUGGAGAGUAAUAAAGUACUGCUGAGUUGUGCAGCCGCCGAGUGCCCUGCGUCAGUGCUGGGGGCCGCCUUCCCUGAGCUGCCCGGAGGGGGAGAAGCAC